CCGCCCGGGCUCAAACGCCGUCCGAAGGCGUUCUCUGGGGCGCUGCGCCGGGCAGGGCGGGAGAUAGAACGCGGGCCGGGCUGGGCCAUGGAGCGGAGCGCGCGCUGCGCCCGGCUGCACGCGGUGCUCGGCGCCCUCUACGACCUCGGGGAAGAGCCUGCAAAGAAAACCGAGAAGGAAGGGAGAAAGAAGAAAAAGACAAAGGAUGAGGUUGGAUUGGAGCUGGCCAGACCUGUCGAAGAAGACAGCGUUUUACCUCCUGCCUUGGUGACCUCUGGCAAGAGGAAAAGUGCUUCCCGUUUUUUCAAAGGCUUAAAAGAUGAAAUAGAGAAUGAGGCUGUUUGUUCCAGUGGGGCCACCCCAGCAUCCAGUAGCCCUCAUGCUGUGCCACCCACAUCGACCCAACCGGGAAAGGUGGCAGAUGUAGAAGUUGUGACGUUUUGUAGCUGGCAUAAGAAGAAGAAACCUAAGCUGGAAAUGGCUGAAGAUCAUGGCUCAAAGACUAAGCCGCCUAUUCAAGAGAAAACUGCAGAUGGCCAAGAAUUUAACUUAGAAAAGGCCCGGCUAGAAGUGCACAAAUUUGGAAUAACUGGUUAUGAGAAGAAAGAACAGCGGCUGUUGGAACAAGAACGCGCUAUCAUGCUAGGAGCUAAGCCUCCCAAAAAAGAGUACAUCAACUACAAGAUUUAUCAAGGGAUUAUCAAAGAGAAGAAAACAUUAAGGAAAGAAGAUAAUAGGAAGGAAUAUAAAUCCCUUUCUUUCAAGAAACAUAGGAGAAAAGGCCAGGAAGAGAGGAAAUUGAAAAAGAAAAAGUCGGUGUCCAGGAUUUUGCCUACAGGUCAAGUUGGAAAAUUCAAAAAUGGGACUUUGGUCCUUAGUAGCUGUGAUAUAAAGAAAAUUAAAUCCUCAAAAGUCAUUAAAUGAAAUUAUUAGGCCACAUCACAACAGAAAACAUAAAUGGCCUGGAAUUCAUUUUUCAACUAAAAAUAUCUGUGAACCUGAGAUUUUUGGUGUCUCUUAAUGCCUGAACUUUACAGUUAUUUCUAAUGCCAGUCUUAUCCAUCUGCCACUUUGCUUUGGGAAGAAAAUGGCAAAACACUCUAACUUAAUGAAUUUUUCGCUAAGAAAAAUAAAAGGUUUUUUUAGUCCUUUAAAAAAAAUUACACCGUUUUCACUGGUUAACAAAGAUGAACAUGAAAAUUAUUUUAAUGGUUUAUUGUAAGAUACUGUUUCCACAAUAUUUAAAUAAAAUAUUUUUACUCAAA